CGCAAACUUCAAGCAUCUUGGCGCGGCCUGUAGUCGGUCGUCGCCAGUCGCCGAUUCGGUUUACGAUGCACAAGCAGGUCGUGAGCGCUGCGUGCACGCUGCUAUUGGCGCUGCUGCUCUGGCCGCGGUCGGCGCCGUACGCCAAGACGACGACGUUGCACUUUCCCGCGCACGCGCCACUCGCCGCCGCGCCGCCGAUGGCCGCGUACGCUGGCGGCCGCUACACCUUUGGUCGGUGGAAGCAUGCGAUUGCUGACGUUGGCUUCCACAGCCACGAUCCCGCGAGCGACGUUCUGGAUGCACUCACCUCCAGCUUCCAGACCAAACUCUGGCACUACACGAGCGUCGACACACCUCGCUUCUUUCUCGGGUUUGCGUUUGUCCAGCUCCAGUACGUCUCGGACGUCUUCUUGUACCUGGUUGACAAGGCGAGUAUGGAGAAGCACGAGUACACAGCGCGCCGUCCGGGCACUGUCGGCCUUGCGUUCGCUGCGUCGUCGAUCGAUGCGCACCAGUGCACGGUGUUCUCUGCCUCGACAGUGCUCGAAACCAACGAGACGAUUGAAGCGUGCUACGUUGGGGGUGCGUGGCAGCUCCGCGCCAACGUACCGCUGACCAGUGCCAACGGGUCGACCACACGGCUUGACAUGGAGAUGGCCCUUCAGCGCGACGAAGCUCUCACGCUGCUGUACCCGCUGGCUGACGACCCAAGGCGGCCAGCGUAUGUACACAAGGGCGCCGGCAGCGCCGCAACCGGUCACCUCCAGUUUGGCGCGAGUCACAUGCCGCUUACGCGCGGACUCGGCGCGAUCGACUGGACCAAGAGCAUGGCGCUGCGUGAGACGACGUGGCAUUGGGCGUCCGCUAGCUUCUUUGACGACGACGGCACCGCGAUCGGCAUCAACUUGAGCCAGCACGUGUACGACGUCGAUGGCGCGUCCCAGGAGAAUGCCAUCUGGGUCGACGGCCGUGUGUGUGCGCUGCGCGGUGUCCAGUUUCAGAUUCCAGAUCUGGAUCCGGUCAAAUCCAACUGGCGCAUCACAUCGAUCGCGCCGACGUCCCAAGACAAUGUGACGCUCGUGUUUACGCCGGCCGGGGCACGCCGCGACGACGCCGGCGUGCCAUACCUCUUGCACUCGCGCUUCGUGCAGCCGUACGGCACCUUUUCAGGACGCAUUGUCUGCGCAACGGACGACAAUAUUGUACACGAUAUCACCGUGGACAGUGCGUUUGGCGUCGUCGAAGAUCACUUUGCGCUCUGGUAACGUCGUCGCUCGUAGUUUCGUCUCGUCAAUUGUGUGUAUUUUCUAUUUGCU